GCCUCCUCUGCGGCGUUCUGCGUCUCCCUGUUCGGACGCCGGACGCCGAGCCGCCUCGGAAGCUUAUGGACAUAACCGGACAGAGCGGCUCUCGUCACCGUCAUCUUCUUCUCCUCCUCCAUCCUCGCAUGAGUUUAGCGGCGGGGAGGGGUCACGGCGGCUCUCCUUCAUCCGGCCUCGGUGGACGCGGGCGGGCGCGGGAGCCAUGACUCUGAGCUCCGAGAUGUCGGAUGCUUCCAUCCUGUCGGAGGAGACCGACAUCGACGUGGUGGGCGAGGGGGAGGAGGCCGAGCACGGACGCCUGCCGGGCGGCUCUCCUCCUCCGCACCCUCCGCCUCACCAUCCGUCUCCGUCGUGCCUGGACGCGGGGCGGGACGCCUACAGCAGCAAGCCGUCCGCGGGCAAGAACCCCCUGGUGAAGCCGCCUUACUCCUACAUCGCCUUAAUCACCAUGGCCAUCCUGCAGAGCCCCAAGAAGAGGCUCACCCUCAGCGAGAUCUGCGACUUCAUCAGCAACCGCUUCCCGUACUACCGGGAGAAGUUCCCGGCCUGGCAGAACUCCAUCCGGCACAACUUGUCCCUCAACGACUGCUUCGUCAAGAUUCCGCGGGAGCCCGGGAACCCCGGCAAGGGCAACUACUGGACCCUGGACCCGGAGUCGGCGGACAUGUUCGACAACGGGAGCUUCCUGCGGCGGAGGAAGCGCUUCAAGCGGCAGCAGACGCAGGACUUGCUGCGGGAGCACGGCGGCUUCCUCCCGGCGGCGGCGGCGUACGGCUACGGAGGCUACGGCUGCGCGGGGUACGGCAUCCAGCUGCAGUCCUACCACACGCACUCGGCGCUGCUGGCCUUCCAGCAGCAGCAGCAGCACUCCAGGCACGCCGGGACUCUCAUCCCCGCUCCCUCCUCCGUCAUGCACACCGGAACAUCCUCCGUGGACCGGUCCAGGACCAGGUUCUAUAACCCGCAGCUCGGCGCGACCAAGUCCCCGGUGCAGAGGUCGCCCUUCUCCAUAGAGAGCAUCAUCGGGGGUGGCUCCAUGAGCCCCUCCAGGACUUCCCCGGUCGUCGUGCCGGUGCUGCAGCCCUCCUCGCUGGGGCCUCCCGCCGCCGUCUUACACCCGCUGGAGAACUUCCCCAACCGGGGGGUGAGUUAACGGCAGACAGACUCAAAAAGACACACAAAAAACAAACAAACCCGGUGAAGGUAGGAUUAUUUUUGUAUGUUUAUCGGACAUUUUUGAGAAAAAUAUUUAUGUUCUUCUUACCUUCAAUCAGGACAUCUGCUCUCAGGAUUCUCAUGAUCACGUGUUGUUGAACAAAUGACUCCAAAAUAACCAUGUUUUUAUUAUUAAUAUUAUUAAUUAGUUUUGGCAAAUCUCAACACUUUGAAGCUUUUUUUUGAUUUUAAACUUUGUAAUAAAAAACAAGAAAGAGUAAAAAAAAAAAAAAAAAAAGUCAUACAUUUAUAAUAUGCAGUGUCAUGUGUUUAUUUCAGUAAUAAAAUGUUACAUUUUUGGACAAGAAUUGUGGAUAUUAAGUGUGAUAUUUUUUUUAUUAAAAUGGAACAAGAAUGUUUAAUAGACGCAGUGCAAAAGUAUUGGGCCAUCAAUGACGUUCUUCAUUUAUUUUUAACAAACUGUACAGUAAAUAUUUCUAACACUUUAGCUUAUAAAAUCUACUUUUACUGCUUUUAUUAUCAAUUGUAAUUAUAUAUGUCAAUAAAACGAGAAAAUAUUUGUUUUUAAUAUUUUAAAACAUUUUCAACAUAUUUAAACAAAAGUAUUGGGCCAUCAAUAACGCUCUAUUUAUUUUUUACGAAAUUGUAUACAGUACAUUAAAUAUUUAUAAAAGCUACUUCACUGGUCAUUUCAUUAUGAGUUGUAUUAUUUAUAAUUAAAACUAAACAAACAAAAAAAUUCGUAUUGUAACAAUUGUUCGUACAUCAUGAAGACAUUUUCAACAAAUCUAAUAUUUCAUAUAUUAUCAGCAUUAUUAUAGUUGCCUUUUAAAGGCAUUUAAAACCAUUAUUUUUCAAGUGAUGUACCUAAUAAUGGUGGCCUAAUAUUUGUUAUUACUAUCAAGCGUGAGUACAAACAUUGUUUUUAAAAGUGAUGCACUGUCAUAUUUGGGGAGGGGUGUGGGCAUGCGCAGUGGACGGGUGGGAGUGCGUGUGACCCCUCUCACGCUCAGGUGCAUGUGACGUGCACACUCCUCACGCAAUAGUCUGCUCUCACAGAACGCUCCCGAUAUAGUCAUGUAAUAUUAAUUUAAUAUUAAUAAUUAUAUAAUUAUAUGAAUAUAAUAACAACGAAUCAGAGGCCUAGAAUUAAAUGUUUUAUUUUGGAAACUGUAAAAAAAAUUGACUCUAUGUGCGCGUGCACGUGUGUGUGUGUGUGUGUGUGUGUGUGUGUGUGUGUGUGUGUGUGUGUGUGUGUGUGUGUGUGUGUGUGUGUGUGUGUGCAACCCACACACACCCCUUCCCCAGCCAAAGUGUGUGUUGUAUAGAUGGCAGCUAAAUCGGUGCAUCGCUUGCAGCUAGUUCACUGGGCCAAGAGAGGACACGCAUUGCGUGAUGAUGUCACACGCAACGUGGGGGGAGGUCAGUGUGCGACGUGUUGACUAACAAACACACAAACAAAACAAGACACACAAACAAAAAGGAGGGGGAUGCAAAAAAAAGUGCAAUCAAGACAAAACAACACACACACACACACACACACACACACACACACACACACACACACACACACACGCACACAAAUCACUCAGAUAUUCCUAAUAUUUUGGUUUGUAGGUUAAAAAGUCUAAAUAAUGAAAAAAAAAACAACCUCUAAAACAGUAAAGUAGUAAAUGUGCAGCAACUUAACUUUUGUUAUUGUCAUUACAACUAACACAUGCUACAAUUAAUCAAUUAAUUUUAUUUGAAAAAAAAAACUUAAAUGUAUAUUGUGUUGCUUCGAUUAAUCGUUUAAAGACUGUAACUAAUGAAAGUUUAUCAAAUCCUGCAGAUCGCAUUUCCCCUAUGAAGUGUGAUCUAUCCGAUUACUCGAUAGAUUGUUAAAAUAAUCGAUAAUGUAAUCAACAAAAUGUACUACAGUAUUCGUACUAUGUUAAAAAUGACAACAAGUCAAGUUAUGAAUGCUUUUAUCAAUAGUACCAUAUGUAAGGCGUUGCUCUGCAUUAUAUAUAAAAUAGGAUACUCUUGAUGUGUAGCUAAAUCAGCAUAUAAUUACAAAUAUUACAAAGAAAAUAAUGUGGAGCAUUAACUCAACUUCACUGUUGUUUUUGUAAUACAAAAAUGCUGUUAAAAAAAGUAAAAUUGUAGUGUGGGGGAAAAGUAGCAAAAAAAGUAAUAUGUAAUAAAAAUCAAUAAAUUAAAAUAAACACAUGGUUUAAUGACGCAACAGUGCUUAUGAGUGCUGUAUUAUAUAGAAAAUGAUAUGGCGUUAAAGAAGCAAAACAUUGAAAAUAUUACAAAGAGAUCUACAACAGUAAUACAUUAAAAGUACAGUAAAUUAACAAAAAGUUAUCAAACAAAACAUGCAUUGUAUAAUGAAGCAAUAUUUUGUCAAAUAAAUAUGAAUAAAAUACUAUCUGUGACGUGUAUAGCUGAAUAAACAUACUAUUUUACACAACUAUACAAAUAAGAACCUCAAAAUAAAAAAAUGAAAAUCAACAUGAAUAAAAAACACAUUUAAAAAAAUUAAUGAAAAGGUAUUUCUGGAGAAAGUACUAUGUAUGAAUUAUUUAUUUUAUAUGUAAAAUGAUACCCAAAUUGUGGCAUUAAAUAAGCAAAUAAUUGAGAAUAUUAGAAAUAGCUAUACAUAGUAAAAUAUUCAAUAAAGAAACAAAAAUGAUAUCAAAUGAAACAAGCAUGGUACAAGGAAGUAAUAUUGCAU